AUAUACGCCUCUCAUCCAUUCCCCUCGUUUGCCUCAUCAGAUUAUCUGACCGAUCUCCGAUUCUUAGCCUGGUGGUGUAUCAGCAGACAUGGAUUCUAGCAGGGGCCAAAAUGGAAUUCAACUCUUGUUAGCUGCAGAACAAGAAGCUCAGCAAAUUGUCAAUGCUGCUAGAAACGCAAAACUGGCUAGACUAAAACAAGCCAAAGAAGAGGCUGACAAGGAGAUUGCUGAAUUUCGUGCACAAAUGGAAGCUGAUUAUCAGAGAAAGCUCACCGAGACAAGUGGAGACUCGGGUGCUAACGUGAAGCGUCUUGAGAAGGAAACGGAUGAAAAGAUUCAACUCCUGACAAGGGAGGCUGACAGAAUUUCAAGUGAUGUUGUGGAGAUGCUUCUGAAGCAUGUCACUUCUGUAAGGUAUUAAACUGAAGCUAUCUUCAGAUUAAUCUGUUUUGUCUACAUUUCUUUCCAUUUUGCAUGUGUUGUAUUGUCUUAUUUGUUGAUUGCUCGUUAUUGAAUAAAAGCCAUUCGUGUUCGGAGAUUUACAAACUCCAUCAUGUUCAAGUCUUGAAGCAUUUGUUAUAAGCACUAAGCAUGAAAAGAUCUUGUUUUUCUUUUCUUUUCUUUUCUUGAGAAUAAAAGAUUUGCAGGUUUUUG